CUUUUAUGCUGUUAAGCGAACUCCAGCCAGUUACCUCCUGCCAAAGAAACGAACCAAAAUGCCGGGAAACACCGCUGGACAUAAAGUCGGGCAGAAGCUGUGCAUCUAAAUGCCUCCCUGGCUUCUAUAAACUUACCGGUCAACUAUUGAUAACCCACACACCACUUCCAGUUUGCAGUCUAACACUCUCGACAGGAUUUGUGAAGAUUUGUCUCGAUUCAGCCUGUGUGAGAGCUUAGACUUUGCUCUGAAUCCUGGGUGAAAUUUUGGUGCCAGUGAUGAGUGCCGUUGGUGAGGGUUCAUCAAGAAAUUGUUGGAGCUGACGUUGCCAAGUUCUUUCAGCUGAAGAAGACUCUGAUCAGGGAGUCCUCGGCAUCUACCUGUGCUUCUAACGGCGCGUAGAACAUCUGGAGGCGCUUUGCAACACGCCGCCAUGCCCACCAACCAGUCAUCGCCGUGGGGCGGAGGGAAUCUCAGGGCAUGUUCCAACACUCAUAAUGCCCCCACUGCUGCCUUGGUUUCAGGUGCAACCUUUAAAUCAUCUUUCAGGCACACUCCACCGGAGCUCCCCAAGUCUACCAGCAUCUACAAACAUCUGCCAUCUACCGGUGCUUUAUCCAUGAUGUCAUCUGUGUGUUCUGUGUGGGAGAAAGACAGUGGAAACAGUUCAAACACCAGAAGUCAUCACCUUGGAUCAGAGAAGUCAGUGAAGCAGUCAGAACACCAGAACCGGACUCAGAGACCAAAUCAGAACCUGGCAGUGUCAGAACCGAAUCGACCUAACGCCAGGAUCAUGGCACAGGAGGUCCAGCUGAGAGGAGUCACUGAGGGCUGUUUACCAACCCAGAUCCUUCAGUCUGGAGACGGAUUGGUACGUAGUCAGGAUUCCACUGACCAUGUGCCACUAGAGUCUUCACCAGGUUGUCAUGGAGACCUGUUCAUCAAAGGACAUGCCACUGUGCCACGAUGCGCCAAGCUGAUGCCUAAGACUAUAGACUGUUCCUCUUCACCACCAGUGCCUCACCUGAGCUUGAAGCUGUCCAAACAUCAGGGAACAAAGUUAUGGAAGAAUACCUCUGGCCACAACGGCACAAAGCAAGAAACGAGAAGCACAAAGUGGCAGCUGAACGCUCCACGGAGGGGUCAUUCGACUAAGGCGCCAACAAAACACACUAAGACUCAAAAUGGCCGUGCAACACGGUCGCCUUCAAGGAAUCAGCGGCUAGAUAAAUUUGGUCCUGCAGGUGUUCUGGUUGCAGCUGCGAACCGCAAAUCCCACAGUGCACCAUUGCCCCGGCUAUCUACAUGCAGAGGACUGGAUUCAUCUCUCUGCAGCAAUGUGUCAGCUGUUCGGUGUGGCGAUCAGCGUCUGCAGCCCACAGGGCUCCAUGCUGGUGAAGGUGUAGCUCCAUGUCUUGCUGGAGCUUUGGUGGGCUCAGUGACCAAUCAGAUUUCAGCCAUUCACCUCACCAAGGAACAACAGUCUUCCUCCACUUCAACUCAGUCCCUGUACUCAUCCUCAUCAGUGACAGAGGAGCAGCUGAUGAGCUUGGAAUGUGUGAUGCAGGUGGAUGGAAUGGAGGAGGAGCUUCUAGAUGAGCUGGAAAAUGCCUUCAGUGAUGAUGAUGAUUCAGAAUGUUAUUCCAUCAUUCGUUCUUCUUCUUCUGAUGCAUCAAUUCCUUGCAUCUCUAGUAUUGAAGAGCCGAUGGUGUUGGGGGCAGAGGAUGAUCGAGAGGAGCAACCGGCGCUCGUCCCCAGCUUGUUUCCCCUCAUGCGCCCCACACUCUACUUCAGCACAGCCAAUGAGAAAGUGGAGCUGCUGCCUGCCGAACAGAGACGCCUACUCAAAUGGAAGAUGAGCUCCGUUACCCCCAACAUCGUCAAGCACACCAUCGCUAGGUCACACUUCAAAGCCACCAAGAAGAGCAACAACUGGCUGGGCUGCUGGGGACACCACAUGAAAUCUCCUGGCUUUAAGGCCAUCGGGGAGCACCAGAAGUUGAACCACUUUCCAGGAACCUUUCAGAUUGGCAGGAAGGACCGACUUUGGAGGAAUCUGUCCAAGAUGCAGCAUCGCUUUGGCAAGCAGGAGUUUAACUUCUUCCCAAAGACGUUCAUCCUUCCUCAGGAUAUCAAACUGCUGCGGAAGGCAUGGGAAGAUAGUGGCUCCAGGAAGAAGUGGAUCAUCAAACCUCCUGCGUCAGCCAGAGGAAUGGGGAUCCAGGUCAUCCACAAAUGGAGUCAGCUGCCCCGCAAGAGACCAUUGCUGGUGCAGAAGUACCUUCACAAACCCUACCUCAUUGGCGGGAACAAGUUUGACUUGCGGAUCUACGUCUAUGUGACAUCCUACGAGCCGCUCCGAAUUUACCUGUUCUCUGACGGAUUGGUCCGCUUUGCCAGCUGCAAGUAUUCGUCUUCCAUGAAGACUCUAAACAACAAGUUCAUGCACUUGACCAACUACAGCGUGAACAAGAUGAACUCUGAGUACCAGACAAACAGCGAUGACAAGGCCUGCCAGGGACACAAAUGGGCUUUGAAGGCUCUGUGGCAUUUCCUUGGCUCUAAAGGCAUCAACACCAACCUGAUAUGGGAGAAGAUUAAAGACAUUGUGAUCAAAACUAUUAUAGCUUCUGAGCCAUAUGUGAACACCCUGCUGAAGAUGCACGUGAAAACACCUCACAGCUGCCACGAGCUGUUUGGCUUUGACAUCAUGCUGGACGAGAACCUAAAACCCUGGAUCCUGGAGGUCAACAUAUCACCCAGCCUCCACUCCAACUCUGCCCUGGACGUUUCCAUUAAAGGCCAGAUGAUCAGAGACCUCCUGAACCUGGCCGGCUUCAGGAUUCCCCCGAGAGAAGAAGUGGUGUCCUCCUGCAGCAGUGCCUCCAGCUCCACCAGCAGUUUGCAUGGAGGGAACAAAGAAAAGAGAAAAUCUGACCUGUCUGCUGAUGAGAAAGUAAAACGAGCAUUUUACCUUGCACAGCGCUAUGCCGACCAGGACUUCCUAUCAUCAGUGUUGGACAUUUUGACUCCUGAGGACGUCCGCGUGCUGGCCGAGAGCGAAGAUGAACUGAAUCGACGAGGAGAGUUUGAGCGCAUUUUCCCAUCGCAUACUUCAUCACGCUACCUUCGCUUCUUUGAGUGUCCCAGAUACCUCAACAUCCUGCUGGAUCAGUGGGAACAGAAGCACUGCAAUGACCGGACCAAAUGCAUCAGUUUGCUGAGGCUUCUCUGUCAUAAAGGAAUCCAUCUGGGGAGCAGUGACCCCGCUCACAUGUGGUCCAAGUAUAGCUACAAGUCGAGGUUGGAACCCCUGAAGCCAGGUGUGGUGAGUCCAUCCAGAUCCAGGGUGGUGGUCAGCCACCAUAACGCCUCUGAUGACGACUGUUCAGACCCAGAGUCGCCGUCUGUGUCCAGUCUGCCCAGCUCCCAGAGUACGGGGUCCAGUAUAAGCAGCAGUGCCCGUGCCAGCCCUCAGCCCGCCCCCGUUCAGAACCUGCUGCCUCAGCACUUUUCCUCCAAAGUCUCUGGAGUAGAAAGAACAAAGGACUCUGUUCAGGUUUACUUUAACUGGACCAUCAUAGGGAUGAGCAGCAGCUGCUUCUGUGGCCUUUAGAAAAUCGAUCUUGAAAUUUCUGCUAAAUUGAAGCAGAGAAGCUUUUACAUAAUUCUUUUUUGGAUAUUUUUCCAGGGGACCCCAAAGAGUGGCCCCUGCCCCCGAUUGCUCUGGUGAUGAAAGGAUGUUCUGACUGUGUCUUGUCCUGAAAGCUGGACACACCCAGAUGUCCUGAUGUGUCCCUUCUGUCUGCACCUUUCUGACACGCCUGGGCCUGUCCGGUUGCCAUGGUCUCAGUCUGUUGCAGUGCUGGCGUUUGCGGCUACGGUGAAACUUUGAUAGCAGAAUGGGAUGUAAUGUGAGAUUUAUUACAGUAGGCAUGUCGAACAUCGGCAUGGAAACAAGCUUAUCAGGCUGUGUUGAGGUCUGUGUAGAAUCAGUGGGCCGAGUAGAGAAUUCUGUGCAGAUCUGUCGGCUCAGAACAAGAAUUCACUGUGAUAAGUCAGAGCUGCUGCAUGCAUCACACCAGCUGACACUUUAUCCUCCAGGCUGAUGCGGUGCUGAUCCUCACUGCCUCUCCAGGAGUCAGGCUGCAGGGUUCUGCAGAAUCAAAGUGUUCAAUGCUUUUUGAAGGGCUGCUCUCAGCUGAAGCUUAACUGAAGCUGUUGCUUUAUGCUUUCAUUUCCCAUGUUUCCAAGUUGCUUGAGUUUGUUUGAGCUUCAUGUAUUUCUUCUUAACAAGUUUCAGUUGGACUAACGUUCUACCUCUGUUAUGGUGAUGAGAGCAAGUAAAUGCUGUAGUUCAAGUAUUUCAGGGUCAUACCCAGCUGCUGUGGGAGGCAGCUGGGAUUUUGUGAUGCAAAAGACAGAAGUGGGCUUCCUGCAACACAAAACCAAGGAUGCACAAAGCUGAAAGGCGCUCAGUGUUUCUGUAACAGUGUUUGCUGAUUUAAUAUUUAGUAUUUUCCAGAAGUUUGUUUUUAACCCGGUGUAUACACAGCUGCUAAACUAAUGUUCCUGUUUUCACUGUUCUCUUCAGUAGAACAGUGUUUAAUAAGCAUAGUUUGACAUCUCAGAACAAAAACCAAUUGGCAGUGAUUAGACUAGGAUAUUUGAUGUUGUUGGGGGUCCUGCUGCACAGAGCAGCAUCGAUUUUGACAGGUUUUUAUGGAGCAGAAUGCUAACAUCACAUGCCUUAGAGUUGUGCCUUGUGUGUCAUAACAGAAACAUGAGAAAGAUGAUGAAACAUGAGUGAAUUGUUGCUUAAUUAAUAGUUACUUGCUUAUUUUGAAACUGCUUGCUGAAAUCUGAUGGGUACAAUCAGUGCUUCCCCAGACUGGGACCAGGACCACACGUUUCAAUAAGUGUGGCGCCCUGACUUCCUCAGAAAAAAAUAGAAUAAAAAAUUAGAAGGCGGAGCAUAUUUAUGAUAGAAACAGCUGUGUUUUUGUGAACAUAGCUGACUUGGUUAGAAAUUCUGCUAGCAGGUACAUUGUAAAGUCUGACUAGUGUAAUAAAUAUCAUUGAAAACAUGUCCAUCUCCAGCUGUCUGCAGAGAAGCUGCUGCUGGUUUACUGAACAUGCCUUAAGCCUCUGUGUGACAGCAGUGUCCCCACACUGAGGCAUUCUCUGUUUGCUUUCACAGAUGGGAAUCUUUUUAUGGAUCUUUUUAUCCACUGAUCUUUGUUCAAGGAUGUUUUAAAUGCUCAGGUUGAUAUGGAGGAAAUAAAAGUUAUUUGUUAUACAAUUGUAA